AUGGAGAAGGAGGAGCCAGCCAAGAAGGAGGCGGCAACGCCGAAGACCAGGGCGACGAAACGGAAACAACCUGCUGACGACGAUGGCGGCGGUCCUUCUCAAGAGACUCCCACUGCCAAGGGAGCGCGGGGAAGGCCCGCGAAGGAGCCGUCUACACCUAAAACGAAGACUCGGUCAGCGAAGCCGACAACGCCAAAUCCAAUCGGCACCACGUCUUCCGGAAAGGCAAGAAAGGCUGAUGAGGCACCGCCGCCCGACGCCGAUUUGAAUCUCCCGUCCACCAGCAAGGGACCCAAGUCAUACAGGCAGCAGCCACCAUGCCAAAAGGGGAAGGAGCCGUGGACGAUCUCGGCAUUCAUCCCGCAGCGGCCAUGGUGGCCACAAGCGCAAACGCAGCCGCCAUGGAAAGUCCACUACCGACUCCGAGAGAAGCCAUGGAAGAAAGAGGGACCGCAGCAGGAGCCGCCGCCACCUUUCCAAAAGCAGCACCUCAACAGCGAGCAUGAGCACCAGGAGUGGCGGGAAACGGCGCCGCCACGCCCGUAG